GUUGGACUCACUCGCUUCAAAGUUCACACCCUAUUCCGGUUAACCGCUAGGGUUUAGGGUUUCUUCACAAUUUGGCGUUCGAUAUAUUGCGAACCAGAGGCCCAGGGGAGAUUCCUCCCUAUUCCUUCGCAGGAACAGCUGCAGGGGAGUUGAUUGUUUUUUGUCUUCUGAGACCUCAGAAGAAUCGGCGGUUAUUAGUGAUCCGCCAUCAAAUUCCGAGGUUGAAAACUUCUGCCAAAAUUCUUGAUCGGUCUUCCUUUUACUUGGAAGGCAAGAAGUGGUAUUACUAAAAAUGAAGGCACUAAUUCUUGUUGGAGGGUUCGGAACCCGCCUGCGACCGUUAACACUUGGUGUUCCAAAGCCGCUUGUAUGUUUUGGUAACAAACCAAUGGUUCUGCACCAGAUUGAAGCUUUGAAAGAGGUUGGGGUAACAGAGAUUGUAUUAGCUGUUAAUUAUCAACCUGAGAUCAUGCUGAGCUUCUUAAAAGAGUUUGAAGAAAAGCUUGAUAUAAAGAUCACUUGUUCCCGAGAAACCGAACCUCUGGGAACAGCCGGUCCCCUGGCUUUAGCUAGAUCUAACUUAGUCGAUGGUUUUGGUAAACCCUUUUUUGUACUCAACAGCGAUGUCAUCAGCGAAUACUCAUUCGCCGAACUAAUCAAGUUUCACAAUUCACACUGCGGCGAGGCUACAGUCAUGGUCACAAAGGUAGACGAGCCAUCCAAGUACGGCGUUGUCGUGAUGGAAGAGAAGACUGGAAAAGUCGAGAAAUUUGUAGAGAAGCCUAAAGUAUUCGUGGGCAACAAGAUCAAUGCUGGGAUCUACCUAUUAAAUCCAUCUGUCCUUGAUCGAAUCCAGUUGAAACCUACCUCAUUUGAGAAAGAGAUUUUUCCCAAAAUUGCAGAAGAUCAGAAGCUCUAUGCCAUGGAGCUACCUGGAUUCUGGAUGGACAUUGGACAUCCAAAGGACUACAUUGGUCAGAGUCUUUAUCUGAACUCUCUUAGAAAGAAAUCAUCCUCAGAGCUUGCUGUGGGUUCUAACAUUGUGGGAAAUGUGCUGGUGCAUGAGAGUGCGGCCAUUGGGGAGGGCUGUUUGAUUGGACCAGAUGUUGUGAUCGGACCUGGAUGUGUGGUGGAGUCUGGAGUGAGGCUCUUGAGCUGUACUGUGAUGAGAGGAGCUCGCAUUAAGAAGCACGCAUGCAUAUCAGGCAGCAUAAUUGGUUGGCAUACGACGUUGGGUAGAUGGGCGAGGAUUGAGAACAUGUCUGUGAUUGGUGAGGAUGUGCAUGUUGGGGAUGAAAUCUACAGCAAUGGCGGGGUUGUUUUUCCACACAAGGAGAUCAAAUGUAGUAUCCUUAAGCCUGAGAUUGUCCUGUAAAGAUGGCUGCCUGGAGGUGUGUUAUACAAGUUCGUUACCAUUUUUUGGUUUUCCAGUUUAUAAAUCUGUCCAUGAAAUUAUUACUGGCAUCAUUUAACGGUUUAGAUGAUGAGAAAGAUGAUGAGAGAGAGAGAGAGAGAGAGAGAGAGAGAGAGAGAGAGAGCUGGGCUUUGUUCUGUCAGCUUUUAACUUUUAUUUGUUUGAGAUUUUAUCAUAUAC